UUGGAUGAAACAAGGGAAGAUUUGGCGAGAGUAACGAAAGAACACGAGGAAUUGAAAGAAAGGUACGAGGACUUCGAGAAACAGCUCGAGGACACUCUGGCCAGUUUGGAAAGACAACGAAGCGCCAGUUUCCAUGAUAGAGCGACAUCGCCAGGAGAACCAAUACAGUUGGAGUUUGAAGAAAAUCAAGGGUGUCCGCGAUGUGAAGCACUGGAGCAAGAGAACAACUUGUUAACAACAGAGAAAGAUGUCUACAAAGGAGAGAAAGAGAAAUUCGAGAACGAAGUUUCCAAGUUAAACAAAGAAAUAAAAGAGCUCAGAUCGGACCAAUUAAGAGAGAAAAAAAACCUUCAAAAGGAAAUACAAAGUAUGCGAGAAGAACACGAAAACUUGUCACGAGAUUUCGAAAAGGAAUUGCAAAAGAUGAUGCGUGACGUGAAUGAACAACGAGAGUCGGAAUUGAAAGCGUUACACGGGCAGAACGACGAAUUGAACGAUCAGAUUAAUAAGCUGAAGUCGGAAAUCCAAAAGAUAACGACGCAAUUAAAGAAAGAGAAAUCACAACAGGAGAAAAGUCAAGAAGAUUUGGCUAAGGUAAAGAAAAAUUUAGCGCGGGAAAAGAAGAAAGGUUAAAGCUAAGACAGACGCUUUGAAAGAACUGGCUAAACUAAAGAAUGAACUUUGUAGUCAAGAGCACAAAAAAUGCGAAGACAUGGAGAGACUUCGCAAGGACUUCGCGGAGCGUUGCAAGUGCGACUUGUUGAGAGAAGAAAUCCAAAGACUGAGGAGCAUGACAGGGCGUAAGUUUCAUUCUGUAUAUGAGUUAUUAUUGCCUGAGCAUGAGAU